UCUAUUAAGCUUCUUAAACAGUUUGAUAACGUGCUAGACGGUAAUAAUAUACAACAGCUCAGUUUACUCAUACUGCUCGUCAUUGUACCAGUUUGCAGACUGAUAAAGAAUGAAUUUAACAAAUUAUCUCGAUAUAUUUAAACUUACAUUACUAAUAUAAUUAAUUAAUAUAUUAUAUCAUUAUUUGUGUAUGAUUUAGUGGAAUAAAUAUGCGAAUGUACAAAAAGCUUUACGCUGGAUGUUUGACAACGACAUUAGCUUCAACAUUCGUAGCUUUUUCCAUAAUAUGGAUUAUAAUACCCCUCUCAUUUAGGUGGUCGCUGCCUUUUCAAACUUUUAUGGUCUUCAUUCCCAUAGAAUCGCCAAGAAAUCCGCAAUUCUCUCAGCCCGAAGAGGUCUAUAGCAUUCAGGGAGUACAGAAUUUUUAUAAAACUGUCCAUGACGAACCAAGAAAUGCCCAGACAUCCAUAGGGAUGUGGUUAAUUUUACAUGAAGAUGAUAUUACCAAUACUUUAUCUGUUGAAGACGUGAUCAGUGACAGUUCUCGAGAUAUCUUGAUCUACCUCCAUGGAGUAUACGCCAACAGAGCAAAACCUCUUCACCAAUACAGCGUGUUCAGGAAAUACUUCCUCGUUAUUGCUAUCGAUCACAGAGGAUAUGGUGAUUCGGGUGGUAAUGUUGACAUGACCGAGACAGGUAUAGUGAGAGAUCACGUGCAGUUAUACAAUUGGGUACGCUCUCUGAACCCCACGGUAGAUAUAUACUACUGGGGUCAUUCUUUGGGCACUGCCCUAACUACUCACACGUUAAAAGUGCUAAAGGAAGAACAGAAUGUGGUGCCAAAAGGUCUGAUUCUGGAAAGCCCGUUUACUUCAAUGGAAGAUGUGAUAAGGAACAUAGUUUUCGGUAAAAUAUUUGAAUGGUUGGCGUAUUUCGAAAGUACGAUAUUACAACCUCUUAGAGAUAAUCAACUGGUGUUCCUUUCCUAUCAACAUAUCACGUCUAUUGACUGUCCUAUUAUGAUUUUACAUGCUGAAGAUGACUCUGUGGUGCCGUACAAAUUGGGGGUGCUUUUGGCGGAGAUUGCUAAUAAAACACGAACGGCGAAUCAAGGUGAUGUAGUUUUUCAUGGAUUUUCGGAUGAUUUGGGACACGGUCAUGAUGAUAUUACGAGGAAUCCGGGGAUUUACCGAAUGAUAGAAGAGUUUAAAGACGCAUGUGAGCAGUUUGGUAGUCAGUAAUAAUUUUUUUGUAAUUUAUUUAUUUAAUUAUACAAUUUUUAUUUACAAUGUCGCGGUUUUAAUUAAAAUAUGAUUUUAC